AUGCCGAAGGCCAGCGUCGACGCUAUUCGGCCUCGGCCCGGUAAAGACGUUGGAGCUCUUUUUGCAUUGACAAACCCGGAACCCACCGUCAAUAAGACGACGCAGAGGGACACGGAGGAUCGCAUAUCGAAGGCUAGCAAAAAAGUGAAAUAUGUAGUAAAUCUUAUGUAUCUAUUCCUACAUAAUACUCGUAGACGCAUUCCGCCAUGGGCCGCCAUCCAUGGAAUCCAUGAGGCUAUACCUCGUGCCACUCAACUGGAAAAUGUCAAGGGUAAAGAGUGGGCAUGCCACGUUGGUCAGCUUACCUUGGUAUGGGGUCAAGACAUGCUGCAUGCACGGAGUGUCGGCAAAGAAAAGUCAAGUGCGAUGGAGGCCAACCGAGCUGUCAGAAUUGUUUGCGUCGGGGUAGCGCGUGAUAUGCAUCCAGAUCACAUAAUCUCAGGGACAGAGAUGGAUUUUCCAGGGCUGUUGGGUCUCCCGGAUAAUGCUGACAGCUGUACCGACAACGACGGUGCUGUGGCUCUGUUUCCGGAGUCUCAAAUUGAAUUUGGAAUGAUGUCUGAUAUACAGACAUCUGCUACUGCACUCGUCCAGUCGUCUGAGAUUCAUUCUUUCAGCUGGCCCAGUAUAGACAUAGAGAUCGGGACGAGACCAAUACCCGAUGGCGAUGAUUUGGGAGGUGAACUGUCCCCCCACACUACACGCGAAUUAUACCAGGCCUACUUUGACCAGACAGAUCAUAGUUGUUACAUGUUGGAUAAGAACAGCUUCCUCUUAAAGAUGGAUCAUUUGCCCCUUGGACCAGAAUCCUUGAGCUUAAAAUUCAUCGUCCUUGCCCACGGAGCCUCGGCCUCUCCUGCGUAUCGCCACUUGCAAAACAAGUUGUAUGAUACUUCGCGGAGAUAUUUUGAAAACGCUGAAACGGGAAAUCCUUUCAUGACCAUUGCUGCCCUCCAAGCAUGCAUCCUUCUCGCGGUGUAUGAAUUGAAACAACUUUUUUAUUCAAGAGCCUGGGGCAGAGUUAACCGCGCAAUGUGGAUGGCCGAAAUGUUUGGCUUGCACAAAAUGGAUGCGCAAUAUAGUUCACCUCGACAGCGACAGUCGGGGCUCUAUGUCGCGCCAACUACUGAUCCCGAAGAGUUGGAGGAGCGCAGAAGGACCUUUUGGUCAGUUUUUAUUCUCUGCUGUUUUACAAGCAUUAGUGUGGGUUGGAACACAUAUGCGCAAAUCAACUAUAUGGAGGAGAUCACCACCUUGCUGCCAAAUGAAAAUAGGGGCGACGACCAUACAUCGCCAUUCCGGCCCACCCUUAAUAACACACUCAGACUACCUAUGGCGCGAAAGCUCUCAAGCUUCGAAGCAUUAAUUAUCACCAGCGCGCUGCAUAUCCGUAGUCUGAGGCAUGCCGACUUUGCUCUCGUCGAGAUUGGGGAGGAUUACCUGAGCUAUGACUUUUGGAUGCAUCAUUAUUACAUUACUGAAAGCAUCAGCCAGGUGGGUUUCACUCAGCAUGUAGAACCUACUUUGCAGAACUCUAUGACCGAACCUGCGACACUGUGUGUGACUCUCAGGAUUCAGGCAAUCUAUAUCUGUCUCCAUCACGCGGCUGUAGUGCGUGAGUCCCAGACGAACUCAACGCGGGCGUUCAGUUCACAGAGCGAGACCAAGUGUCUCAUGGCCGCCAUGAAACUUACCAGUAUGAUAAACCAGAUACGGGAUCAAGCAGGUUCAACUAAUCCCAAUCCUUAUACAGUAUGGUCGAUAUACGUUGCCGCACAAUUUUAUGUUCGAGAGUUGCAUGCUAGUAGAUGCAAGAACGGGCAUCCUAUCAUGCCUAUGCGCACCCCAUCGAAGCCGUCCCUUUCGCCGAAUGGUCGACCAUCAUUGCCGGUCUCUGCUAGCCGAGAGCAGAGCAAAAACAUGAAUAUCAGUCACUUUGACGGUACAUCCCCCGCAACCAUCAACAAUCACGCCUCGGGUCUGAUCCCAAGUCGCUUCGAACUCUUGCACAAUAUUGAUUUCCUACUCAGCACUCUCUCCGCGCUCAAAAGAUCAAACCCCAUGGCGGGUACAUUUGAAGCUCAAAUUUAUGACGAGCUGAAAGGAGGCAAGGCAAUGACAGAUGAUCGACCUAUCGGCCGAGUCGAAUUUCCACUAGACGGAAAAUACGUGGCAAAUAAUUAUGCUGAAAAUGGGGCCCAAGAUAGGAACAAGACCUAG